UUAACAGACUAACAAACGCAACUAAAUGCAUCAAUUUUACAUAACAGACUAACAAACGCAACUUGUGUUUUUUUCUGACGUGAUUUCUUGUUUGUGGUGGAAAUUAUUUUAACCUACAGUGAAUGCGGAGUUGAUACACUUAGAUGUCGUAAUGAUGAGUGUGUUGAUGAGACUGGUGAUCUGGGUUUGCUGUGCUUUGUCUGUCAGAUGCUUACACAGUAAGCUCGAGUCCUGGUCUCCUGAUGAUUACAGCACAUUGCAUAGUAUGUUGCAGACAAGUAACGGACUGCGCUUGGUCAUAACUGGACAGACUGGUGUAUAUAAAUUUGAUACUGUUAAUUUCCAACUUCUUUCGAAAUUAAACCUGAGUGGGAUCUCAUAUAUAAUACACAAUAAAACAGCAACGGUCGAUUACGUUACCGUAUGCUCAAAUCAAAGUGAUUCUUGCCUGAUCAUAGAUCCCCUAGAUAAUUGUAAAAACUACACUAAUGAGUUGAAGCUCCUAAUAAAAAUCGAUGGAGUUAAAGCAUUUAUGGCAACAAAUACUAGAGGGACCGAAAUAACUCAAUAUGAGGAUUUUCUGUUUGUCGGAUGUCCCCAUGUUCAAGGUCAAGAAAAUCUUGGUGGUAGAUGCACAGAACCUGGUAUAUCGUGGUAUCUGAAUAGUGGAAAAAAUAAAAGUGAUCUAUGGUAUGGGUUUAAAUCAUACAAGAACACUCCAGUUCUGACAGACAAGUACAUUGAUGCGUUUAGCGUGGACAAGUACAGAGUGUUUUUUAGUUUACAAAGAGUCGUAGCAACGGGAACGAAAAGAAGUCGAAUAGCCCAAGUGUGUCAAUACAUCGAUCAGAAAGAUAGAAAUUACUCUACACCAUACACUUAUGCUGAUAUGCCGAUUCAAUGUGGGCAGCUUAGGGAAAUUAGGGCGGUGAAGAAAGUCGUAUUUAAGAGAGAAACGAUUUUUGUUGCUGUGUUUUCUGAGUCUAGUAAAUCUGCUGUUUGUGCCUUUACAAUGAAAAACAUAACAGAAAUGUUUGUUGAAAAUAUCAAAGACUGUUACAGCGGAAUUCGUGUACCCGAAAAUGAGGAUUAUGCCGACUUCCAGAGCUCCGAUAUCCCAUGUAGUCACAAAAUUGUAAGUUUGCUUUACAUUGUUAAUUUAUAAUUCAGUUUCUCAAAAAUAUGGGGUGGAGGCAACCAAAAAUAUAACUAAGUUGGAAGGGGAAGUGGCCUUGACUUGAUGAAUUUAAUGAUUUAAGUUAAAACUUAAGGAUAGAGGUACAAGGGGCCCACCUCAGCCCAUCCUGUACAGUUACUCUUCAAGAUAAAUGCUAUCAGAGGGUAGAACGUGUAAAGUAUCUUACUGUUGUUCAAGCGAAAAAUAUGUUUUUCGGUGCAAAAUAGCGAAAACUUGUUAACAGUUUUCCCAGAGAAAUAACGUUUCUUCGAAAUAUGUAUCUUUUUCAUAUCAAAUGAAUAUGCCCACGUUGUAGAAA